GUUCAUCUAACAACGUAAGACACAAAAGUGGACCCAUUGGUCCACAAAUUCAUAAAUCAUGGAGCUGGAACUUACCCGUGUGGAUUACACUACCGUGGGGUUGACCGCAUCUAAUUGUUUGCAGCUGCUUCCGGUAUCGUUGGGCGGGGGUGGAGAAACCGUCAAUCGAGGUGGUGGUGCCAGCCGUCAACAACAGAAGGUGGUUAUUGGCGAUCAAGACGGUGUGCUGCAGGUUAUAUCGAUGAAGAAAGAUGAGCUGCAGAUCCAUUUCAAAACUUUGCCACACGAUAAAAUAGCUUCGGUUAAGUUGGGCGGCCAAAUAGGUUCGGUGGCCGAUAAGAUAUUCACGGCUUCGGAAAACAAAGUGCGUGGUUUCAACAAAAAGGGAAAGAUGUUUUUGGCAUUCGAAACCAAUCUAACAGAAAACAUCCGUUCAAUGUUUGUGAGCGGAAGUGAUCUUUUGGUCUGUGGGAAUCAUGUUUAUAACCACUACCGUGAUUGCAAAGAAAUCGGAUCAUAUCUUUGUGGGGAUGCUAUAGUCGAUGUGGCAGGACUUACUCCCAACAACACGAGUCGUCUCAUAACGAUACUAGCGUGUUCGGGACGAGUUCUUCGUAUAUUGGAGCAUUCCAGAGUACGCCAAACUUUGGAACUAGAAAGUGUUCCAACAGUGCUGCAUGUUCCGAAAGGUCUCGGCGAUAGGUUUUUGUGUGGCUUCGCCGAUGGAAAGGUUAUACUGUUCCACAAUAGUUUACUGUCUAGUGAAGUCAAGCGAGAAACUUUGGUCGAGGAUCGAGAAAAUCUUAGUGCAGUCACCACGAUCGGAACAUACGACCUGUCUGGUGAUGGAAAAGAUGAACUGAUCGUAGGUAGGCGUGAUGGAACUUUGCAGGUUUUCACGAUGAACUCGGACGAAUACCAGUUCGAGAUGGAAUGUACACAAAUCUACAGAGAAAAUUUCAAUGAAAGCAUUUCAAGCGUCCAAGGUGGGUGCGUUGGGGCGAAUAAUUAUUCUGAGAUCGUAGUCUGUACGUAUUCGGGAAGAGUUUUUGGGUUGACGACUCAGUGCAUUAGCAAGAGUCUAAGCGAUACCAACAAGGGAGGAUCUGCAGGGGCAACAGUACCGAACUCUUCUUCAAAGCUACACAAACUACGAGCUGAAAUUUACGAAUUGGAACAGGAAAUUAUCAAAGAAAGGGAACGAUAUCAGCUUUCAACGCAAGCGCUAUCAACUGGAUUGUCGGCAAUACCUAUGUUGCCAGUCAACGAUUCUUUACUUUUAUGUCAAGAAGAUGCAAUAUACAUGUUGACCAUUGAGUUACCUACGCCGAUUGAGCAUGUUCUACUACAAUGCGAUGCUCCAAUUAACUUGAUCGAUGUGGAGAAGAACUCGGCAGUCGUUAGCUUCAGCGAAUGUGAUAAAAUGAGCGGUAAUAGUUUGCUGGCUAGUUAUCGGUGCCAAUCUAACACAAAUCGAGUGGAUCUUCAGUUCCGCACUGUUGAAGGCCAGAACGGAACUCUGCAGGUCUACAUUACUCCAAACUUGCAACCAAAAUGUUGUCAACUGAAGCGUUAUCCCAUCAAACCGCUUUCACUGCACAUGAUCGUUCACAACUUGGAAGAGGAAAAACUUGGAACUAGACAGAUGAACGUACUUACCCUGCGAGGAGCAUUCAGCUUGGCCGAGAUGCACCAGUGGUUGAUUCUUAGCAUUCCAGAGAUACCGGAAAAGUUCUAUGGAACCGAUCGUGUGCGAUACGUUUUUCGACAUGUGUUUCUCAGCACACUGCUUGUUUGUGAAUAUGGGAAAGGCGAAGCCGAAUAUAAGAGCGAUAAUAUAUCAACUAUUUCGAUUUUGAAGGAUUUCAUCACCAAAGAAGCGACUAAAAAAAGAAUAAAGCUGGAAAUUGUUACCAAUAUAAAUGAACAAACGAUUCCCGCGUUGAUUGAACUCAUAGAGCCCAAAAUUUUACAUUACAACAAACUCACCAAAGAUUUUCAAAUUCUUCAAGCUUUAAUUGACUUGGACAUACGAAAUGACGAGGAGUUUUCAACACUAUCACAAGAAUAUCAGGAUUUACUAAAAAACCAACAUGCGAUUGAGUCCGAAUUCAAAAAGCAACCAACUAUAUUGAACCGUAUUUACGGAAUACUUACAGAUCUCUACAUCGACAAAUUCAAAUUCAAAGGAGUGAGCGUGAAGACAAAGCUACCACAAUUGAUCGAGUUGUUGGAGAACUACAAUCGUGAGGAUUUAGUUACAUUUUAUAGCGUUAUCAAGUCUACCGAUGAAGAGAUUUGAGACAAAGGUUUUCGGAACAAGAAAAAUAACUUAAAAUAAGAUAAUUAAUUUUUCUUAAAUAUA